AUGCGACUAUCUCCCCAUCCUUACAUCAGACUCUCAUCGGUCAUCCUCCUUGUUCCAUCUCUCGCAACAGCUAUAUCGCUCGACUGCUCGGACGUUCGGGACGAUGGUGUAUCAUUCAACUUCAGGACCCUGGAAGGGCCCCAUUCUCUCUACAGGAUCGAGAAACAACCUAACGGAAUCAAAACAACAACAUUUACAAUUGACAUCUGUCGGCCUUUAGAGAAACAAAAAGGCGUACCAAAAGAGGAAGAUUGUCCUAACUAUUCUAGAGCCUGUGCCAUCAAGCGCCUGGACAAUACGGUUGAAAAUGUGACCACAAUCAUCGAAACUAUUCCUAUAGCUGGCGAAUUCUCGCAUUCCUUCGGCGGAGCACUGGAUCCCAAAUGGACACGUUUGAAAUCAUCGGCGUCCAACGCUGAUAAGGUAAAAGAGGGUGUUCGGCUCGAAAUGAAUGGGGGAAAGGAUACCGACGGUCAGAAACAGAAAGCUAUCGUGGAAUUCUUAUGCAAUAAUAGUACAAGGGACGGUAUGAGAAGAGAUCUGCGGGUGGCGGAGGAUGAAGAGGAUGAUGGGGCUGGAGAAGGUGGAGAUAAGAAAGGGGAAGAGGUGGAUGAUGAGCAUGGAGGAAAAUUGAAGCUUGUCAGUUGGGAUGUUGAAGAAGGCACGAAGGUUUUUAGGUUGGAUUGGACCACGAAGUAUGGGUGCGAGGAUGUGAGAGAUGACAGGAAAGGCUCGAGUAGUGGGCAUUGGGGUUUUUUCACGUGGUUCAUUAUCAUUGCAUUCAUGGGCGUCGCCGCGUACCUCAUUUUCGGCAGUUGGCUCAAUUAUAACAAGUACUCGGCCAGAGGUUGGGACCUUUUGCCGCACUCGGAAACGAUCAGAGAUGUGCCCUAUCUCUUUAGGGAUUGGAUGCGAAGGGUCGUCAACACUAUACAAGGCGGUGGUUCAAGAGGAGGAUAUAGUGCAGUGUAA